AUGGACGGAGGAGUCAUUGCACGCAUGAAGAAGUUCGUCAAGAUGCGCCCGUCCCUUCGGGAGAAAGGUUGCUCCGACGUCAGCGGUGUUGUCGCUGGAUUGCUUGGGCAUGGUGCCCGCACUGUGAAGGCCGUCAUGGCCGAGUUCUUGGCCACCGGAGACGUGUCCGUCUCGCUGCCGCCGUCCAACACGACGAAUCACCAGUCCAGGGUCCCCAACACCCGAGCUGUGCGCGCUUUAGUCAAGCGCUUUAUCCGUGACCGCUGCGUAACACGUACAAGGACUGUGGCCAAGGACGUCCUCGCCUUGCUUCAAGACAACCAAUCUGUGACAGUGGAUGAAGAACAUCCCAAGGACUACGCAGCGUGCUUGCGAGCUGUCCAGGUAUUCCUCGCCAAACAAGGGUAUGCUCGUGGGUCGAACGCGAAGCAGACGUACCGUGUCUCCAAGGCACAUGAACAAGCCCGCGACGCAUACGUUGAGAUGAUGGUGCCCACUGUCACGAGCGCACCGCGCAGACCGGUCGUCUACCUGGAUGAAAGCUUCAUCCAUCACCAUUACACCAGUCAUGCUGACAGCUUGUACGAUCCAACUGACCAGGCUACCAAGCCCAAGCACAAGGGCAGACGGUACUGCUUUGUCGCGGCGAUCCUGGACGACGGCUCCGACACGGCUCACCUCUUGGGACUGGACAUCUUCGUAGGCGGUAAGAAGAAUGGUAAAGUCGUCAACGACUACCAUUCGAUGUUUAACCAUGACUACUUUGUCGACUGGUUUGGGAAGUUGAUCGAUGAGGUUGAGGAGCUGGGAUGGUCGUCCGCCGUGUUCGUUAUGGACAACGCGAAGUACCACAAGGGGAAGCCCAAGACAACCCCAAAGGGAACGUGGCGCAAGGAAGCCCUCUACCAAGCGUGCGUUGGCCUGAACAUCACCGACGUCUCACCCACCGAUCUCAAGACGACCAUUUGGAAGCGUUUGAAGAAGCAUUUGGACGAGCACGUGCUUCCUGUGGUCUGCGAGAUGGCCAAAGGCACCGUUGGACGCCAGUACACCUCGACCACGACCUUUCAAGACGUUCGCGAUCGUCUCGAGCGUGCGUUCAUUGAGCUAGACUCCAACGUCAUCCAAUGCACGAUUGCAGCGUCGACGGCAAAGCUCCUUGAGCUCAACUGUGCUCUCCGUACAGCUGAGGAUACUCCCGAAGGUAGCGACAGCGACAACUGCACCGACGUUUCGUCAUCAAGCGCCUCCAGUUCCAGCGACAUGGAUGAUUAG